AUGGUAUACAACCGAGCUUUCCGCGGAUGGAAUCAGUUUGCAAACGAUAAGUUAAACGGGAAAGCCUUUCCCGCUAGCCCUUUUCAUGUGACUUUGUAUUUACAACAUUUUUGGAGGAAACCCACUCCCUUAGCGCGGUCGAUUCUGCCUUCUAUGGCUUUAAAUGGGCCUGUGACUUGGCAGGAAUCCCCUCCCCAACUGAUGACCAAUUGCGGAAGCCGUGAGGACGACGUCCAAAAGAGUUCUUGGUACCAGUGUCAUAAGUCGUAAAGAACCUAUUUCGGCCCUUUUAUUCCACGACAUUAUUAUCAAAUCAGACUUAGACAACCCGGUAAAGUUGCGUAAUGUUUCCAUGUAUGUUUUAUCUUUUGCCGGUUUCUUUAGGUUUGACGAUGUGUCUAGAGUUAGAAGAAGUGAUAUUUCCUUUAAAGGAGGCUUUAUGAUCAUUAAGGUUUUGAAAAGCAAGAAUGACCAGCUCCGUAAAGGCGACGAAGUCGUUAUCUUACAAUUGUCUAGUUCUGUAUGCCCCGUUGAGUUGCUUAAGAGGUAUUUAGUUAUGUUUAAGAUACCCCUAAUUCCAAAUAUUUUAUUUUAAGCCCAUUUCUGAAGGGAAGGGCUCUUGCAAGCUUGUUGCCCCUGAUAAGCCCAUUAGUUACUCUACUGUUAGAGUGGCUUUUCGCUGGGACCUGCAAAGUCUCGGAGUUGAACCGUCCAAGUUGGGUUUGCAUUCUCUAAGAUCUGGAGGAGCCACUAUGAUAGCAAAUAAUGGAGUAAACGACAGAGUUUUCCAACGACAUGGUUGUUGGAAAUCGGUACAAGCCAAAGACACAAACGUAGACGAUGAUUUUGAACAA